AGUGAACUGAGGAAGUACAAUUGGACGAUUUUAUCGGCCGGAGGCAUCAGCCCUUCGUCCUCAAACUCAAAACCCUUAAACCCUGAACUUCCAUUGUCGAUCUAUACAAGAAAGUACAUCCCAUUUCUCUAUUUUCUCACACAAUGACAAUCCAUUCAGUAGUAAUCCAAAAGCUCCUAAGCACAAACGCCCAGUUGGGUCGGCGUGUGGCGGCACACCACUUCAAAAUCUACUCAGUAGGCUCCCGGAAUGCAAUGACAAUCAUAGAUUCCGACAAGACAUUGAUCUGUCUCCGUAACGCCUGUUCAUUCAUUGGGGAACUUGUUCGCCACAGAGCCCGUUUCAUUUUCGUCAACACCAAUACCCUUUUCGAUGAAAUUAUCGAUCAGAUGACUAAAACUAUUGGAUGUAGGAAUGAUACUUCUUGGCGUCUUGGAGGCUUUUUAACAAACAGUUCAAGUCCAAGAAAGUUUCGAGGAAGGAAUAAGAAGUUGAACCUUACGGCUAUACAGCCACCUGAUUGUGUGGUCAUAUUUGAUACCGAGAGGAAGUCUUCUGUGAUUCAAGAAGCUGCUAAGUUGCAAAUUCCAAUUGUGGGUCUUGUUGAUUCGAGUAUGCCGUGGGAUAUUUACAAGAAAAUUACCUAUCCUGUGCCUGCCAAAGACUCGGUGCAAUUUGUGUAUUUGUUUUGUAAUUUGAUUACAAAGACUUUCCUUUACGAGCAGAGAAGGUUGAAUGCUGCCUUGGGAGCUUCUGCAAUUGCAAAGCCUGAAAUUAGAGAGGAAGUUGAACAACUUGACAAGAUCAAGACAGUCAGCAAGGAUAAAAUUUAUGUUAUGCCGUAUGAAAGAUUAGAACAUGCUUCUGAGGAUCUUACCGAGACUAAGCAGCUACUGGACAAACUUGUCGUGUUAAAGUUUAAUGGUAAUUUGGGAUCAGAUAUGGGUUUCAGUGGACCAAAAUCUGCACUUGAAGUAUGUCAUGGAUUCACUUGUCUAGAUUUUGUCGUCAAUCAUAUUGAGUCCAUCAACUCAAAAUAUGGUUGCAAUAUUCCAUUGCUGAUGAUGAAUACUCCUAGUACACACAAUGGCAUCAUGAAGGUUUUGGAGAAGCACCCAAAUAAAAAUAUCCACACUUUCACUCAGAGCCAACGUCAACAAGAAAAUAUUGAAGAUAUUUCAGAGUCGCGAACCCUCAAUAAAUCAAGCGCACAGGAAAAAUUAUAUCCAUCCAACCUGCUGGAGGUUUUCCUUUCUUUGAACAUCAGUGGGAAGCUUGAACCGCUAAUUUCUCAGGGUAAGGAGUAUUUCCUACUGCUGCAGUCAGAAAAUCUUGCUGAAGUUGUUGACCCAAAAAUUCUGAAUCAUUUGAUUAAGAACAGCAUAGAACAUUGCGUCGAGGUAAUGCCUACCACCUCAGGAAUGGAAGAGACGAGUCUUCCGCCUCAGGAAGGAAGGAUUCAGUCGAAGGAGAAUGUCAAAUCAAUCAAUACAAUGUGGAUGAGUAUGAGCUGCGUUGAGAGGCUACUACAAAGAAGUGAUCUGGGUUUUACCAGUUCAAAGUUUUUCGAUCGAGCAUUUGCUAUUGAAAUUCCAUGGUCAAGAUACCUUCCAGUUGAAAGAACUUCAGAUUUACUCAUUUUGCAGUCAGAUCUUUACACCUCAGCUGAAGGCACUCUUGUGAGAAAUGCAGCAAGAGCAAAUCCCAAAGAUCCUUCUAUUGAGUUGGGAACUGAGUUUGGAAAUGUUGAUGAUUUGCAUAGUCGUUUCAAGUCACUUCCAAGCAUUAUAGAACUUGAUAGCUUGAAGGUGACUGGGGAUGUUUGGUUUGGAACUGGCAUAACUUUAAAGGGGAAAGUCAGUAUUGCUGCAAGGCCAGGCAUGAAAAUAGUUAUUCCUGGUGGAAUGGAGCUUAAAAAUAGGCUUAUUACCAGCCAGUCAGACAUCGGACCAAGUUCCUUGUAGAUGGGAUUCUAGAUACUAUGCAAUAUGAAUGUGUAUCUUAAUUCGAAGAGGUAUUCAUCGUCAUUCUAGAUGAUUACAAGCCUGAAGAAUUAGAAGGGAAUCCCAAGCAAACCUGCAUUGGAUGUUUAUGAAAAAUGAUAGGCAUCAGAAUUUUGUUGUAAUAAAGGUUGUUUUUUGUCUACUGUUCCUAGAUUCAGUUUCUUUCAGAAGGAAGUAGAGACAGUGAAAUGCAAAAGAAAGCAUCAUAAAUGUGUCAUCGAUUAUUAUUUGACAAUUGAUUACCAUUUUCCGCAGUCAAAAAUUAGAAUUAAAAGCUCAUGUAAAGGUGAGAACUGUUUCUUUGUUCUGAUUAGUCAGACUACAAUUUAUCUA